AUGGAAUAUUCUCGUCACUUCUUCUGUAGCCUUUUGAUUUGCUAUCUCAAAUUUAUUUGUCCAAAAGAAGCGGAAAUUUCGUCUAUGAAACAAAAAGAAAAAAAAUUAAUGAACGUCAUUUUAAUGCUGUUUUGUAUUAAUCUUUGCAUUUUUCAAGUUUCAGUGAGUCAAGACAUGAUGAACAUUAUAAAGCGACACAGUAAAAGCGAAUUUCUCAAAAUGACUGUCAUUAAACUCAUGAUGUGGCCUCAUGUCGAUGUAGAUUUCUUUUUGCAAAUAUCUAAUCAAGCAUUUAGAAUUUACCAUUAUAAAGGAAGAAAAUUUUUGAGCUUUUAA